GUGCGAGGACGGCGUUUCAGUUAGCGGCGAGCCGCUGUCGAGAUAAGGUGGUUUUUAUCGUCGGUUUUGGUUUUAACGUAUCCGAUCGUACCCGAUUUUCUCGCUCGCUUUUUCGCGCCCCGGCAAUACGCGGUCUGCCGAUCGUCUCCGGAUCGAGGUGAGACGCGUUUUCAGAAAAUUGCAAAUCGAUAGAUUAAGUUCGCGCGGCUCCGCCGAAGUGAGAACACUUUCGAAGCGGUGAGCCAAACGGUUUCUCGGACCGCAGUCCAGUUCAGUGCGAGCAGUGUAUUAAAUCUCGUGGUAAUAAACAUAUAUAUAUAUUCAUAUAUAUAUAUAUAAAUUUAUUUCGUCGCGACUACAUGUGUUUCUUGGCAAGUGCCGAAUAUAAUGUGAACCGCUGAGUGAGUGGGAUACAGAUAGACGGACUGCAGAAAUUAAACGGCGCGACCGGUGUCAAAAUGAAGCGGAGCGGUGCUUAGGACCGAUCGCGUCUCUCGUGCCCUCUUCUCGCAGAGGGGAAAGUAUAAAGGUAAAAGGAGAGGUGAAUAACUUGGUGGCGAUCGACACUUGCGACCGAGCGAUCUCGACGUCUAGCGCGCACCUACAACGGAGCACAGCGGCCGAAGAACGACACGGCGUUCACCACGGUGCAGCAUGACGGAGGAACUGAGCUCACACCGAUCCUGCCGGUCCUGGAUCGUCCUGGCGGCGAUCCUGUCCGGCCAACUGCUGCUCGCGCAGCAGGCGCGCGGCGAGAUCUACGCCAAGAUGUUCUCCAGCCAGCAGAACCCGAGCGAUCCGUGCUACGACGAGGACCGGCCGCGGCGUUGCAUACCCGAUUUCGUGAACGCGGCGUUCGGCACGGCCGUCGAGGCGUCGUCCACGUGCGGCACCGGUGGGCCCACUCGCUACUGCGACGUUACCGACGAGCCCGGCGGCACCACCGGCAUCGGGCACUGUCACGUGUGCGACGACAGCACGCCCCGACGACGAUUCCCCGCCAGUUACCUGACCGAUCUCAACAAUCCGAACAACAUCACCUGCUGGCGCAGCGAGCCGCUCGUCAGCUCGCAGAGCUUCUCGGCGCCGCCCGACAACGUCACCCUCACACUCUCGCUCGGCAAGAAGUACGAAUUGACGUAUGUUAGUCUGCAGUUCUGUCCGCGCGCCGCCAAGCCGGACUCCAUCGCGAUCUACAAAUCUAUGGACUACGGCAAGACCUGGCAGCCAUUCCAGUUUUACUCGUCGCAGUGCCGCCGCGUGUACGGCAGGCCGAAUCGCGCGACCAUCACCAAAGCGAACGAGCAGGAGGCCCGUUGCACCGACAGCCAUCGCUACACCGGCGGGGACGGCUUCGGCCCGGUGGGCAGGAUCGCCUUCAGCACCAUGGAGGGUCGGCCGUCCGCCGGCGACUUCGACAACUCGCCGGUGCUGCAGGAUUGGGUCACCGCCACCGACAUCCGCGUUGUGUUCAACCGACUGCACAUGCCGCAGCAGCCGCCGACCUCGGAACAAAUAUCCCACAAUGGCGGCGAGGAUCAUCACGUGGCGGCGAUCGGUCUCGAGGAGCUGACGAAACGCGAGCGCGAGCGCGAGGAGCGGCUCAAGAGUCAGAAGAACGCGAUCUUGCACGCGCAGGAUCCGCUGGUCACCGCGCUGCCGUCGGUCCACCAAGUUAUCGCGCCCCAGGAGAUGCAGUCGAACGACGCGAUCGACGCCGCGGUGAGGGAUAUGGGCUUCGUACCGGUCACCGUCUCCACGACCACGACCACGCUGCCGAGCGGCGCGGUGAUGGUGGCGGCCGGCGGACCGGCCACCGCCACCAUGGCGCAUCACUACGCGGUCUCGGACUUCGCCGUGGGCGGCAGGUGCAAGUGCAACGGCCACGCGGCGCGAUGCAUCCCCGGCAAGGACGGCGAAAUCGUUUGCGAGUGCAGGCACAACACCGCCGGCAGGGACUGCGAGCGCUGCCGACCCUUCCACUUCGACCGGCCGUGGGCCAGGGCUACCGCCAGAGACGCCAACGAGUGCAAAGUGUGCAACUGCAACCUCCACGCGAGAAAGUGCAGAUUCAACAUGGAGCUGUACAAGCUGUCGGGCCGUGUCAGCGGAGGCGUUUGUCUGCAGUGCCGGCAUUUUACGUCAGGAAGGCACUGUCAUUACUGCCGCGAAGGUUACUACAGAGACCCGGCGAGACCGAUCACGCAUCGCAAAGCCUGCAAACCGUGCGACUGUCAUCCGAUCGGAGCUUCUGGAAAGACCUGUAACCAGAGCAGCGGCCAGUGUCCCUGCAAAGACGGUGUAACCGGUAUUACUUGCAACAGAUGCGCCAGGGGCUACCAGCAGAGCAGAUCGCAUAUUGCGCCUUGCAUCAAGAUACCCAGGGUCGUGCAGACGCAGGGCACGGCCGGCGAGGAGAGCGGUGAGCACGAGGACGACGACGACGAGCGCGGAUACGACGGACGAGCUGAUCAGUGUGGAAAGUGCCGCGCCAGCACGAAGAGGCUAAAUCUCAACAAGUACUGCAAAAGAGACUACGCUAUUCUGGGCAGAAUAACGGACAGACACAAGAAAACCGAUGGCUCACAGCCCGGCACAAGCGUAACAGGCACAUCCUGGAUCCGAUUCACUCUAAACGUCGAUUUUAUUUACAAGAAAAACUCCAAUUCAAGGAUUCGACGUGGUGACAUAUCUCUUUACGUUCAUUCAGCUGACCUGGCCUGCAGAUGCCCCAAAAUCAAGCCUAAUAAAUCGUACUUGAUCCUUGGCCAAGAGAACGAGGGCAUUGGCCAAGGUGGACUCACGGUGACGCAAAGGUCGAUCGUCAUCGAGUGGCGUGAUGAAUGGCACCGCCGAAUGCGCCGUUUCCAGCGAAGGGCGAGAACGUGCCAUUGAAGAGCUCGUACGUCGCGGAAAGAGAGGAAGAGAUAAAAAGCGAGAUAGAGAGACAGAAAAGAAAGAGAGAGAGGGAGGGAGAGGGAGAGAA